AUGUCUUAUAAUAAUUCAGCACGUUUUAUGGUGAUUCUGACCUUGGAAUCAUUGGACUUACCACUGUCUGGUGGUAUUGCUAUAUUACUUUUUGGCAUGAUUGCAUACUGUUUUAUCUUGUUGUUUCAGUCCAUGCUACUUGUGACUAUUGUUGUAAAAAGGGAUCUGCAUAAGCCUAUGUACAUACUGCUCUUUAAUUUGUUUAUAUGUGACCUUACAGGAACUACAGGUUUUUAUCCUCAGCUCAUUUGUAGUAUAUUGUUUCAGAGUAGAGAAAUCUCUUAUCCUGCCUGUGCAUUACAAGGAUUCCUCAUUCACAUCUAUGGGAAUGGAUCCUCUUUAUUUCUUUCUGUAAUGGCCUUCGACAGAUACCUUGCCAUUUGCAAGCCUUUGAGAUACCAUACUCUGAUGAGAGGGGACACCUUGAUGAAACUUAUUUUUAUUGUGUGGACAGUAAAUUUUGCUACGAUUGGGUACUUAUUCAUGCUAACAAUGAGCAAAGAAAUUUGUAGGACAAACAUAGUGGACACAUUCUGCAAUCUUCCCUCUUUAAUGAAGUUAAGCUGUAAGGAUAUGAGUGUGGCUAACUAUUCUGGCUUGUUUAAUAUGGCUCUUGUAAAUGCUUCUUCCAUAUUCAUAACAUCAUUUACAUAUAUCAAAAUCCUAAUUACUUGUUUUUCAUCUAAACAGGAAAAAUCUAUAAGUAAGGCAAUACAAACCUGUGGCACACAUUUAGUUGUUUAUUUCACUUUUGAGGUUAAUGUAUUAUUUGCACUGAUUUCUCACAGAUUUGAAUCAGCAUCUCCACACUUACGAAGGGCCUUUGCUGUAUCAAUUGUUAUAUUUCCUCCUAUUUUCAACCCUUUAAUUUAUGGGUUGAAUACACAGCAAAUUCGACAAACUAUUUUUACAUUUACACAAAGAUUUACUUUAUCUAACAGAAAAGCAAAAAACUAA